GAUGACUGAAACUGCAAAUCAGUUACUAAGUCGCGUCGUCCCUGUUUGCACAUGGCAGACUCCAGGCUCAACUGUUUCAACUCAUCCAGCUAAUCCCCUCUUUCCACAAGUCGUGAGAGAAUGGCGUUUCUUCUCCCGAAGUGUUAAUUCAUACCGUAAUAUUCCAGGAGAACAAUUUUGGGUGUUUUCAACUAUUGCAGACGAACUAAGUGUAGAAGACGAUGCAAAAUACCAAUUUUAUUCUAAUGUUAUAUGCUCAGUUCAAGAACUACUAGGAGGAGCAAGAUUUCGUCCGAGAUGUACUGGAAUGUUGGGUGUUCCUGAUUUCAUUUUAUGCACUAAUAACCCUACAACGGCCAAGAUGCCUGUGGAGGUUAAAAUUUGUCACAAUUUGAGGUUAGAUGAUUAUAACCUCUGGGAAGUUUAUCGAUAUGCCGGCCGGAAUCAAAUAGAGGAUGAAAAUUUUCAAUUUAAAAAAAGAAUUUUAUCUCAGGUGUUUGGCCAAAUGGCUUGCAAUGGCCUUCACUUCGGCAUUUUAACAAACUAUUCUGAUACAUACUUUCUCAAACGACUGGAAAAUGAACCAACCAGCCUAUAUGUUUCUCGUAUUGUUCAUCCUGAUAGUACCAAUCUGACUUUACGUGAUAAUGAUGAUUCUUAUAAUUCAAAGAAGAGGAAGAGUUCUUCGGAUCUCG